AUGUUCAGCAUUGACUUGAAGGGGCUCGCGCUGCCCUUUGCGUACCUCAUCGUCCUGAGCGGCGCUCUCAUGACCUUUUCCACCAUCUACCGCAAGCGCAAAGCCGCGGAGAGCGCAAACCUCGCCCCUUGGUUCGGCCCCAACCUCCAGCGCAACGUCUACAUGUCCCUCCUCCACAUGGAACCACAAGAGGGACAACAAGGCCCCGCCGUGCCCGACAGCGUGCUCAAGGCUGCGCUGUUACGCCGCGCCGUCGAGGACAUUCAACGUCUCAUCCAGAUCAAGACGGCCAAGCAGGCUUGCAGCGCGCUGUUGCAGCGCGGCAGCGUGGGUGACGAUCUGUGGCAGCGUUUCCAGCGUGCGGAGCGUGAAAUGGAGGAGGAGCUGCGUGAUGUUGUCACAGAGGCCAACGCCCUCGCCCCCAAUUGGGGCCCCAUCAUCUUCCAAUCCGCCCAUGAAAUCGCCAGCAACGCCAAGCUCCGCCAGAGCCUCGCCGACAUUGACGCCCAGACCGCCUCCGAGAAGCAGUGGUGGGAGAAGCGCCGCGGCAACAUCCAGUCCGCUUUUAUCAAGGAGCUCGACAACGAGGCUGGCGCAGACCAACCCGUCGUCGUCAACCCACCAGCCAAGAGCAAAAAUUAG